AAAAAUGUGACACCAACAGUGUGGCAUAAUGUGACACAAUACUUACAACAAGGGGCUACCAAGCCAAAAUAGAGUACUGAAAGUAGUGGAGUGGAAUGGACAUGUUUGGAAAACUGCACAGUCAGCCAGUGCUGUUGUAUUGGUCAAAAACUGAGAGGAGUGCUAGGAUAUCACAAGUGACAAUCAAUUGAGAAGCACCACUGGACAGUGACAUGUCAGCACCAUCAAUUGGUCUGUAAGGGAUUGCAAGCCAAAUAACUGCAACACAAUGGAGGAUUAUACAUAUGAAUAUGAUUAUAGCAAUUACACCUAUGACAAUGUUACUCCUCCCGAGGAUUUAGAUUUCAAAACUCACAAGACAUGCUUCACAGAAGUUUCAUGCACCUCCCUCCUGGUGGUCAAUGUAGUUAUCUUCUUGCUGGGGGUUUGUGGGAAUGGGGUGGUCAUCUGGAUCGCUGGUCUCAAGAUGAAGAAGACAGUCAACACCACCUGGUACCUCAGCCUGGCCGUCUCCGACUUCAUAUUCUGUGCCUGUCUCCCCUUCAACAUCAUCAACACGGUGACAAAGGACUGGAUCUUUGGGCUCUUUAUGUGCAAGUUCACCUCUUUUGUGAUGUUCCUCAACAUGUUCUGCAGCAUCUUCCUCCUGGUCGUCAUCAGUGUUGACCGCUGUGUGUCAGUGAUGUUUCCAGUGUGGGCUCAGAACCACCGCACCAUGGGCAAGGCCUCUGUAGUGGUGGUUCUGGCCUGGGUUGCCUCUGUCGCCCUCAGCAUCCCUUCCAUAGUGUUCAGAGACGUCAAAACCCAUUUAGGGAUGAGAAAGUGUUUCAAUAACUACAGAGACCAACACAGCCACAAGAUGAUCGCAGUGAGUCGGUUCAUUGGUGGGUUUGUGCUGCCAUUCUUUAUCAUCAUCUUUUGUUACUCUGUCAUCAUCCUGCGACUGAGAACCAACCGAAUGAUGAGCAAGUCCUCCAAGCCCUUCAAAGUUAUGACUGCCCUGAUAGCCACAUUCUUCAUCUGCUGGCUGCCCUACCAUGUCUUUGUACUGCUUGAGCUGAACCACCAAAGCUACGACCUGGAGGUUAUAAGAGCUGGGCUUAUGGUGGGCACUACUGUAGCCAUAGCUAACAGUUUCCUCAACCCAAUGCUGUAUGUUUUCAUGGGCAAUGACUUCCUGCAGAAAUUCAAGAGCUCCAUACUGUCUAAGAUGGCGAAUGCCAUCGGAGAGGAGGGCCGCACCACCAGCCGCUACCUCUCCAGGUCCAGCUCCAUGGAGGGCAGCCGCAGAACCUCCACACACAUCUAAAUCUCUAUGAUGAUGGUAAGGCCUCAGUGGCUGCAGACGCUUUGUCUUGUAGAAAUGUCAUGUAAGGUGUAUUUUCACUUUAUGAUCUAAUGGGCUAGUUAUAUUUGUCAUAUAUUUGUAUAAUCACAAGUAGUGCUCUUUGUCUCAUGUUAAAACAUCUGUUUGAUAUGUUUCUCCCAUGAGCUCCAGUAUAUUUUCCUACCUUAACUUUUUCCAACCAAUUUGAAUGUCAUUAUCUCACACACAGAAUGCGAUGGAGGCCUUGCUGUGGAGUGAUCUUUUGUAGUGAUGUGACCUAACAUAGGGUUAUAACCUAUUUACUAGACAUAUUGAAAUAACAACCUAAUAACCUAAUAAUAAUAACCUCUGUAUAAUGUGUCCCUGUAGAUGUUAACCUUACAAGCAGAAGUCCAUUUGUUUCAGUGAGUGACCAAGCUCAAAGUUCAACGACAUCAGUGAAAACAGGAAAUGCUCCUGUUUGACAGCCAUGUCUCUUGAGGGGAAAUGUUUUUUGUGGGGAAAUCAUUGUGACCUCUGUGUGGUAAUUUGUGUAAAUUAAGCUGAAACAUAUCCCUACCGCUGAAAAAAAAGCUACCUUCUAAAAGGAAAUGAACAUCACACUGCUUACAGUACGAAGAGUAGAAAGACUAUUCACACACUUUGAAGUGUACACUGGGUGUACAUAACAAUAUAAACACCUUCCUAAGAUUUGACAUCAGAACAGCCUCAAUUCGUCUGGGCAUGGACUCCAGAAGGUGUCGAAAGCAUUCCACAUGGACGCUGGCCUAUGUUGACUCCAAUGCUUCCCACAGUUGUGUCAAGUUGGCUGGAUGUC